CCUGUAACUCACAGUAAUCUCAACAAGGUUGGAAUUUCUGCAGAAAAUAAGGAAGUAGAGAAGAAGCUGGCUGUGAAACCCAUAGAAGCCAAGAACAAGUUCUCUCAGGCAAAGCUGUUGGCAGGAGCUGUGAAGCACAAGAGCUCAGAGAGUGGCAACAGUGUGAAAAGACUGAAACCAGACCCCGACCCAGAUGACAAGGCUCAAGAGGCUCCAUCCUGCGUGUCUCUUGGAAGCUCUUCUCUGAGCGGACCCUCCAUCCACUGCCCAUCUGCUGCUGUCUGCAUCGGCAUCCUCCCUGGCCUGGGUGCCUACUCUGGGAGCAGUGACUCCGAGUCCAGCUCAGACAGCGAGGGCACCAUCAAUGCCACAGGCAAGAUCGUCUCCUCCAUCUUCCGAACCAACACCUUCCUCGAAGCACCCUAGCUCCUGACAUGACCGCGGGGAGCAUCUCCCCAGAGAGUUAGAUGCCUGUUCUGCCUCGACAUCACCUCCCUCAAAAAACGUCUUCACCUGCUUCCUGUGCAUAUGGGACAUUUUAACCUAACCCAGAAAUGUGCCGCAGUCCACUUGUGGCUCAAACUCUGCUUGAUUUCUCUUGAUCCUCCAGUGCAGAUGACCAAACCUGUCCCACUGAUAGGAGGGGUUGGCGUUGAGGCAAGUCUCAGAAUUGCCACCGACGACGGUGAGAGGACAGGCUCCAGCUGGCUGGCAGGGCUUCCCUGUACCUUGUUGCGUUCUCGUUUCUCCUUCCCUGGUGGCACAGGAAGCAGAGGCAGACAUUAUCUCGAUACUGUUGUAGGUGAGGGGGCUGCUUGGUUCUCCCCUGUUGUGUGUGGGCAUAGAGGAGGGCUGACUAGCGGAUGACAAAGCUCUGCCCCAGAACUAACCCUUCCUGGAUGCUGUAUGACUAAAGAUUGCCAGCCACAGCCCUCGAGGUGAUGCUCGUCCAUGUUCUCCCCUCUCCACCCAGCCUGAGGAGGUAGGAAGGAGCUGGUAAUGAUGACAUGUCCAUCUUCUGCCCACCUUCUCUCCCUGGAAAGUUGUUUUGAUUUUGUUUUUGAAAUAAAAAAAUUUAGUUUAAAAUUCUAA